AUGCAAGGACCAUCAUUUCCAGAAGAUAAGGCUAAAAAAGAAAAUAUUUUAUCAAUAAAAUGUCAAUUUCUUCUUUGGAGUUGUGUUUUGAUUCCAAUAUCAAUCAUUAUUGGUACUAUUGUAGUAAUUAUAUUAAUCCGUUAUCAGUCAUCAUUUUCAUCCAUUAGUAUGAAAUAUGACAUUGGAACAACACCUGUUUUGAAAAGAACGACAAAAACAACUCAAAUGCAAAUAAUUUCUACUGAAGGUAAUAAUAGAAUAGUAUCAGAUGUAAAUAAAAAUAUUUGUUUAGUAACAACAUCGAUUUCAAGAAAUAUUUCGAAUACAAAUUCUUCACGUAUUCCAUGUAGUUCAUUAAAAUUUUCAAGUUAUGCAAGUUACUCAGCUAAAAGUGGAGUACAAUCAAUAAGCACUGGUUAUUUAGAUGCCGAUUCGUUUCUUGAUAUUGUUGUUGUUAAUCGAGGUGCUGGAAAUAUUGGCAUAUACUAUGGUUCUGCAAAUGGAAAAUUCCAAAAUGCAAAAAUAAUUUCCACGACUUCAUAUGUUAUAUAUGUUACUAUUAAAGAUAUGAAUAAUGAUAAUAAAUCUGAUAUACUUUUCAUCGAUGGUAUAUUGAAUGAACUCGUCAUUUUAAUUAAUAAAGGCAAUCAAAAUUUUAAUUCAGCAAUAACUUAUCCAGUUGGAAAUUAUCCAUACUGGAUCGAUACUGGAGAUUUUAAUAAAAAUAAUCUAACCGAUGUUGUUGUUGUUAAUGAUCAGGACGCUACUGUUACUGUUUUAUAUGACUAUUAUAAUUUAUCAUUUAGUUAUUCUAAAAUAUAUUUAGUUGGAAAUGAUGUUACCGCUGUAUCUGUUGCUGAUUUUAAUAAUGAUUCAUAUCCUGAUUUGGUUACUACUGAUUUUAGUGAUAAUACAAUUAGUGUUCUUAUUAAUGCUAAAAAUGGAACGUUUCAAAAUAGAAAAACAUAUUUUACAAGUAUUGGACCAUGGGCUGUAGCCAGUGCUGAUUUAAAUAAUGAUAAGUUUAUAGAUGUUGUUAAUACUAAUGACGAAUCAUAUACAUUAAGUGUUUUACUUAAUGAUGGGCAUGGAAAUUUUAAUGGAUGGGAUACAUAUUAUAUUGGUGGGGCUCCAAGAACAGUUGCAUUAGCUGAUUUAAAUAAUGAUACAUUCAUUGAUAUUAUUGCUGCAAAUUGGUAUGAUACAUAUGUUUAUAUUUUUUUAAAUCUACAGAAUGGAAAAUUUCAAACAUAUCAAAGAUUUAACACUGAUAAGUGGGUUUAUGCUGUUACAACUGGAGAUUUUAAUCAGGAUGGAAAAAUAGAUAUUGCUCUUAUUACUACUUCUAGUAAUACUUUGAAUAUUCUUUUAAAUCAAUGUUAA